CAAAGCAAAACCCUGAUGAGAAGAACCCUCCUACUCCUCAGAGCUUCUUCAUCAACCCAUUUCCUUCCUCCAUGUCCUCCUUCUUCCUACACCAAUGUUGGGUCUUCAUCAAAAGCCUCAAGCUUUCAAUCCACGUCAACAUUCACCUCAAACUCCCGGUGGGCCGGCGUCACCAACUCUCUUCCUCCGCCCGAAUGGGUAGAGCCUUUCCAUGACGUCUCUGACGUCAUCUCCAGCCCGCAACGCUUCGACCCAUCUCCAUGGGUCCCCCAAAUCCUCAACCUUCUCGACGGCUCUCCCCAAAUGGAACACGACUUAGAUUCCUACUGCCGCAAGUUCCUGAUCAAGUUGUCUCCGAACUUCGUGGCCUAUGUCUUGAAAUCCGACAACCUCCGAGGAAACCCCGAGACAGCAGUCCGGUUUUUCACAUGGGCAAGUAAGCAACACAAGUACCAUCAUAAGCUUGAGUGCUAUGUUUGUUUGAUUGAGGUUUUGUGUUCCUGUGGUGAUUUGGAUAAUGUUAGAUGUGUUGUUGUUGAGCUUAAAAAUAUGAACUUUUUGAUGAAUUCGAAUGCGGCGAAUAGCUUGGUUAAGAGCUUUGGGAGUGUUGGAAUGGUGGAGGAGUUGUUGUGGGUUUGGCGUGGGAUGAAGGAGAAUGGGAUUGAGCCUAGUUUGUAUACUUAUAACUUUUUGAUGAAUGGUUUGGUGAAUUCGAUGUUUAUUGAAUCGGCAGAGAGGGUUUUUGAGGUUAUGGAAGGUGGGAAGAUUGUGCCUGACAUUGUGACUUAUAAUACAAUGAUCAAAGGGUAUUGUAAGGCAGGGAAAAUGAAGAAGGCCAUGGAGAGGUUUAGGAGUAUGAAGGAGAGGAAUGUGGAUGCGGAUAAGAUUACUUAUAUGACUUUGAUGCAGGGGUGUUAUUCGGAAGGGGAUUUCGAUACUUGUUUGAGUCUUUACCAAGAAAUGAGAGAGAAAGGGAUUGAGGUUCCGUCUCACGCAUAUAGUUUGGUGAUCAAUGGGCUUUGUAAAGGGGGGAAAUGUGUGGUGGGGUUUUCUGUGUUUGAAAAUAUGAUUCAGAAGGGUUGUAAAGCUAAUGUGGCAAACUAUACAGCUUUGAUUGAUUCGUAUGCAAAAUGUGGGUGCAUUGAGGAGGCAAUGAAGCUUUUCGAGAGGAUGAAGAAUGACGGGCUUGAACCAGAUGGGGUUACGUAUGGUGUCAUUGUCAAUGGGUUGUGUAAGAGUGGGAGACUGGAGGAGGCCAUGGAGUAUUUUCAGUUUUGUCAGGACAGCGGAAUGGCAGACAAUGCUAUGAUGUAUUCUAGUUUGAUGGAUGGUCUUGGGAAGGCUGGCAGGGUUGACGAAGCUGAAAGGCUAUUUGAAAAGAUGAUCCAAAAGGGUUGUCCACCGGAUUCAUAUUGCUAUAAUGCCCUUAUUGAUGCCCUAACAAAAUGUGGAAAAACUGAAGAAGCCUUAGCACUCUUUGAGAGAAUGGAUGCCGAAGGAUGUGAUCAGACUGUUUAUACAUACACAAUGCUCAUUGAUGGACUAUUUAAGGAGCAUAGGAAUGAAGAGGCAUUGAAGCUCUGGGACAUGAUGAUUGAUAAGGGCAUCACGCCAACUGCUGCUUCAUUCAGAGCUCUCUCAAUUGGGCUUUGUCUCUCUGGUAAGGUAGCCAGGGCCUGCAAGAUUUUGGAUGACCUUGCACCUAUGGGUGUAAUUCCUGAGACAGCGUUUGAAGAUAUGAUCAAUGUGUUGUGCAAAGCUGGCCGUGUCAAAGAAGCUUGCAAAUUGGCUGAUGGCAUUGUGGAUAGAGGUAGGGAAAUACCAGGAAAAAUUCGAACUGUUUUAAUCAAUGCCUUGAGGAAAACAGGCAAUGGAGAUUUAGCUAUGAAGUUGAUGCAUAGUAAGAUUGGUAUCGGGUAUGACCGAUGGGGUAGUGUCAAAAAGCGAGUGAAGUUUCGUCUACUCGUUGACAUUUGAAUCAUAGCCCCUGCUGUAUUGUUCAGGAACUCGGUGUAUCUAAUACAACCAUUGCCUUAUAAUGAUUAUCAUUGGAAGUAUAUAGAGCUGAUGUUCACCUUCCAAUUCCUGUAAAAUUACAUCAUUCAAUCUAUAGAAACCUU